UCUAAAAUCAUUAUUAUUAUUAUUAUUGUUGUUGUUACUAUUAUUAUUAUUAUUCCAAAAGCAGAUGUGCAGUAAAUUCAGUACAGCGCACACAUACACAGCAAGUUAAACUCAAACAAUUCUCUGCAAACUCUGGUCAGAAGAGCAAAUAUCAAACAUGGCAAUGGCGACUACUCAGGUUAAAGGAAGCGGAUGGCCACGCCGGUCCAGCAACAGCUCCUUCGAGGGCAAGCCUGUGCAAAAUCAAUCUGUAACUAUUCUUAGGACUGUUAAUUUAUAUCCUUUGACAAACUAUACUUUUGGAACGAAAGAGCCGCUGUUUGAGAAAGACCCGUCAGUGCCGGCAAGAUUUCAGCGUAUGCGAGAUGAAUUUGACAAGAUUGGGAUGCGUAGGAGUGUCGAAGGAGUCCUUUUGGUACACGAGCAUGGACUGCCUCAUGUACUUUUGCUCCAGCUUGGUACAACCUUUUUCAAAUUGCCCGGAGGAGAAUUAAACGCUGGAGAAGAUGAGGUAGAGGGCCUAAAACGGCUCUUGACAGAGACUCUGGGGCGUCAGGAUGGUGUCAAACAGGAAUGGGUGAUUGAAGACACUAUUGGAAACUGGUGGAGACCCAAUUUUGAACCGCCUCAGUAUCCAUAUGUUCCACCACAUAUUACUAAACCAAAAGAACACAAAAGAUUGUUUUUAGUUCAGCUUCAAGAAAAAGCACUUUUUGCCGUUCCUAAAAAUUACAAACUCGUCGCUGCGCCAUUGUUUGAACUUUAUGACAACUCUCAAGGAUAUGGACCAAUAAUUUCUUCUCUACCUCAGUCACUAUGCAGAUUCAAUUUCAUCUACAUGUGAGGCUCGUAAAAUUCUGACGUACGAUUAAAUAAAAAUAACUUGAAUUUUGAAGUUUAAGUAUAAUUAGUGCAAGAGGAGAUAAACUUUUAAUUACUUAUCUGACUAUGUAUGUGUAUGGAUGCGAAAAGUACGAAUGACAAUUUGUAUUAAUAAAUAUUCAUAAUAAUUA